AUGGAGAUUCCGUUUGCUGGAAACAAUGGUCGAGGCUCUGGAGGAGACUUACCAAGUCUUCAAGUGACUUACCGAUUAAAUGGUAAGAACUACUUGAAAUGGUCUCAAUUAAUCUGUACGUUCCUAAAAGAGAAAGGGAAACUAAGCCAUUUGGAAGGGACCAGUCCUAAAGAUGGAGAACCGGUGUUCGCAGCAUGGGACGAAGAGGAUUCUCUAGUAAUGUCAUGGCUAUGGAAUUCCAUGACCCCUGAAAUUAGUGACACGAUGAUGUUUUUAACAACCACCAAAGAAAUUUGGGAGGCGAUCAAGCUUACCUACUCCAAGGUUCGAGAUGCAGCUCAAAUCUACGAAAUCAAGACAAAAGUGGCAGCCAUAGAACAAGGCACCAGAUCUGUCACAGAGUAUGCACAUUUACUGCAAACUUUGUGGCAAGAAUUGGACCAUUAUCAGUGCUUAAAGAUGAAAUGUAGUGAAGAUGUGUAG